UCUGCGAGCUACACCGUUUUCUAAUUGAUCCGUCAUAAAUGUCAUUCCUGAACAUAAGAAACUCCUGUAUCGUAUCAUUUCGUUUCAUUAAUUUCGAAGCCAGAGGAUCGAUAAACAAGAUCAAUUUUUUUUGAGAGUUGAGAGAAAUCAAUAGACGACAUAUCAACCGCCACGCCGACUCCCUCAAUUGAAAUGAACGCAGUGAAAUAACGACUAACCGACUCGGUCAGAUCGGGUGAAUCAUUUUCAAAGACAGGGACUAUCAUUGGUCUCACACCAACCGAAAAUAAUGUCAACAGAAAUACAAGCAAGUGGCUGUACAUGUCAAACAACGUUUGGAUUGUCAGGAAUUCGCAGCUCUCAUCCUGUUGAACGCCAUCAGUAGCUGCCACCUUCAGCGAGGUCCUCUUAAGCCACUUCCACUGACCCCUGAAACCUCGUUGCCAUGGAGAACAUGAGUGAGCUCCAGAACCCGCUCCUGGACAAGAACAGCAAGCACGUCGUCAAUGGUUACGGCGGCGACUUCCCCAACAAUCAGUACCAGGAGAACAUCAUCAACUACUUAACCGGUGGCAACAGCGAAGAAGGAGGAGGUGACACUAACAACGGUACGGUGGCCCAUGUGGGACACAGCAACCCCAACGGCAAGACGAAAGCUCAACAACUCCUGGACGCCACCUCACUCCAUCUGGCCGUCGAGGCCUUCUACAGGCCUAACUUCAUCUUGUACAAGGAGGAAGGGGGAGGAGGUGGAGGCGGAGUCAAGGCCAAGGAUUAUAAGAACGAGUGUUGCGAGACUACCUUCACAGAGAAGAAAGAGAAGGAGAGGGAGGCGUCUGUAGCAGUGGAGACCCCCGGAAGCACAGAGGACCCUCAGGCCAAGCUGCUGGAAGAAGGAGACAAUGUGAAGAUACAGACUGUCUCCUACGAGGUGGAGGAGGAGGAGUAUGUGGACUACGAGACAGACUGCUCCAGCGACAGCGAGAGUGAAGAUAACUUCAUAGUGAUCCCACCCAGAGACCAUCUGGGCCUGGCCAUCUUCUCCAUGCUCUGCUGCUUCUGGCCCCUGGGCAUCGCUGCUUUCUACUUCUCCCAGGGGACCAGUAAGGCGGUGACGAAGGGUGACUUCCCGCUGGCGAGCAUCGCAUCCCGAAGGGCUUUGUUCCUGGCGGCCCUUUCCAUCACCAUCGGGACAGGCGUCUAUGUGGGGGUGGUGGUGGCCCUCAUCGCCUACCUCUCCAAGCCAGGUCACAUAUAGCAGUGCCAGGGGGAACCAGGAAUGGACACUGCUACUGCCAGGGAAAGGUGUAGGGGGCAUCAUCAUUUUUUUCUUCCAACAUCCCUCUAUCUGUCCAGCCUUCUCUCAGACUACCAGGUGAACAACAGGAGAGAAGUGAGGAACCACCCCUUCUCAGUGGACACUGCUACUACCAGGCAAUGGUUUGCACUGCCUUCCUCCCGUAACAUAACAGCGCUGCUGACAUGGAAUCCGUUCCUCUAUCUUUCUCCCUCAUUCCUUCAUCUCUCUAUCCUCCUCCCUUCAGCCUCCCUACAGGCAACAAAGAUUAUAUGAAGGAACAAAGAGGAGCUCGGCAUGAAGGGGAGAUGAGGAGGAGAAGGAGAAGAGCAGGGAAAACUAGGACAGAGAGAACAGACACGGUUUUCUCUGGGAAAAGUUAUCUGAAGUGAGGUAAAGAGGAACACAGUUUGAGUUGUGCUGUCCUGCUCCGUUUGCGCCCCCCCCCUCCCACCCCCCUCCCGUGUAGGGUGUUUAAACUUAGCUUUGUUACUUCAACAGACCCUUACAGAAAACGAAAUGGGUUGGGAGGGAUCAGACAGCAAAAAACAUGGUUUGCAAUUACUGAGACUUUAGCAGACGAAGGAACUUCAAGGGACCGCAGUGUCUGGAGGUCUCACUGAGAGGACUAUAAAAACGUCCUUGAAUUCUCUAUCUGUAUGCCAUCUGAACCAGGAUUUAACAUUUCGAUUAUUUGGAGACCCUGCUACUAACUGACUAUCUCUGUUAAUUUACCAUCAAAUGCUUCUUCAAUG